AUGUUUCGUCUUGUUACUACACGUAUUAUAUCUACUGGUAGAAUAAUAAUAAAGUCUCCAGGAUGUUUAUCAUAUCCACCACAUCGUUUUCUACCAAAUUCUGUAUCUCAAUCGAAUGGAGAUGUAACCACUUCGACAAUGCCAUUAGUUGAUAGAAACAAAAAUGAAGCAUCUAGUCGAACAAAUAAAUCACCAAUUGUCCCAAAGAUUUAUACUCGCAGAGGAGAUCGAGGUACAUCCACUCUAUUGAGCUCUGGUGCGAAUCGUCUAUCAAAAGAUUCAUUAAUAUUUGAUGUCUUGGGCACUAUCGAUGAACUAUCAUCAACCAUUGGUAUUGUUAUUUCGAGUUGUCCUUUCCCUCAAAUAUUAAAACAAUUAGAAAAUAUUCAAUGUGCUCUAUUCGAAAUCGGUUCGUGUGUUGCUGCUGAGAAUUGUUCAUCUCAUUUUGAAUUCAAUGACGCAAUAUUAAUAAAACAUUUAGAAGAAGAUAUUGAUAAAAUGACUGCAGAAUUGCCAGAGCUACGUAAUUUUAUUUUACCUGGUGGUUCUAGUAAAAUAGCUUCGCAUGUUCAUUUUUCGAGAGCUGUCUGUCGUAGAUGCGAACGUUUAUUAACAAAAUGGACAAAUAAUAAAAUUCAAGAGAAUCAAUCACAACAAGAAACAAUUAUGGGAAUCUAUUUAAAUAGACUUAGUGAUUAUUUAUUUACAUUAGGACGAUAUGUAGCAUAUAAAGACGGGCAUAAAGAAAUAAUAUAUCAUAAAAGCAAAUAA